UCAGUGUCUAGAUGGAGCCCUCAGGCAUCCCAGAGUCCACCACCCAUUAUGAUUAUGAUUCGCAGAGCUUUUUGUGUGAGACUCAGACCUUCACCUUUGCGACCUUCAACACCUCCAUCCUAUACUGCCUGGUGUUCUUCCUCAGCCUGUUGGGCAACAUUCUGGUGUUGUGGGUCCUGGUGAAGUAUGAGAGCCUGGAGUCCCUCACCAAUGUGUUCAUCCUCAACCUGUGCCUCUCAGACCUGGUGUUCUCCUUCCUGUUGCCUCUGUGGGCCUUGGAGUACCACUGGGGCUGGGUGCUGGGAGACUUCUUCUGCAAGCUCUCCAACAUGAUCUUCUCCAUCAGCCUCUCCAGCAGCAUCUUCUUCCUGACCAUCAUGACCAUCCAUCGCUACCUGUCUGUGGUGAGCCCCCUCUCAUCCCUGAGAGUCUACACCCUCCAAUGCCGCAUGUUGGUGACCACAGCUGUGUGGGCAGUCAGCAUCCUGUCCUCCCUCCCCGAUACCAUCUUCCACAAAGUGUUGUAUCAGCCAGAAUCUUUAUCAGAACGUUCAACAUGUGGUUAUUCAGAAAUCAAGUGGUACCUGGCCUCCGUCUACCAGCACAUUGUCUUCUUUCUGCUCUCCAUGGGGAUUAUCCUGUUCUGCUACGUGGAGAUUCUCAGGACUCUGUUCCGCUCGCGGUCCAAACGGCACCACCGGACAGUCAGGCUCAUCCUCACCAUUGUGCUGGCAUACUUCAUCAGCUGGGCUCCCUACAACCUGGUCCUAUUCAUACAGACUCUGUUGAAACUUAACAUCAUUCAGAGCUGCCAGGCCCACAGGCAGCUGGAUUAUGCCUUGCUCAUCUGCCGUGAUGUUGCCUUCUCCCACUGCUGCUUCAACCCAGUGCUCUAUGUCUUUGUCGGGGUCAAGUUCCGCAGACACCUCAAAAGUCUGCUCCGACACUCCUGGUUCUGCCGGUCACAGGUGUCCAGCCCUUCCCCAUUACCUCACUCCCAUGGUGCUUUCCACAAUGAGGGCGCCUCCUUCUAUUGAAAGGGAGUUUGGUGCUGCAGGUUGAGAUGUACAGAAGAGAUUGAGUGGGAGCAAAGAGAAGUGGUACAAGAAAGAGCAUUGCGGAAGGCACAACACUGGGGAUGCUACGGCUGCAGGGGUGGGAGGUGAAAGAAAUACGUUACACCAGGAGGUCCUACUGCGGAAAAGAAACUCCCUGCCUGUAAAUUUUAUAUUGCCAUCAAGAAAAACAUUUCUUGGAUUCUGAGUUUAUUAUUCACUCCUUCAUUUAUUCAUUCAUUUAGACAUGGAUUUGUUAUCAUUGCUUAGUUCAGAAGGUUCUAAAACAUGAAAGGAUUCCCAGAAAGGAGCGUCCUUCAAGACUUGAUGAGGGGCUGAAACUCAUGUGUGAUAAUUGUGUAAAUGUAGGCUGCUGGCAAGACAGUCUCUCCCAUUCCUGACUUUAUGGUUGUCCCAGCUAAUUUGGAGAGUGCUCCUCAGUGAUGACUGGAUGAUGAGGACAAAAGUAACCACAUCCUCAAGUAAGCAUAGUCAGAUGAAAUCUGGAUUCUAAAAACCUACAACUGGACUGGAGAUGUAUUCUGUAUCAUAAUUCCAAUUUCUAGCAUAUGUAGUCCAUAGAUCUUUUAUUGAGAAAAAAGAAUGAAUGCAAUAAGUGCUGCCGUCUGCAUGAAGCAAGUACUUGGGAGGAUAUAAAGAUGAACAAGGUACAGUUGCUAGCUUCCAGAUGCCAACGUCCCACUCUGAAGGCCCAGACUUGCACCCAUCUUGGUGAAGGCAGUCAAGGGGAAGAUGUCCUCCAACAUCUCAUUCUCUCCAGGUAGCUAUUGAGCUGACACUUCAGAUUCAUCAUGUUCCAUCUGGAAUGUUCUCCUGCUUGGUUGACAGCACCAGAUUCCCCCCAAUUGCUCACCCUCCAAACCUGAGUCAUCUUCAAGCCCUGCAUUUCCUUUCCCUCCACUCCCAUGGCCAAGUUUUAUUGACUCUGCCUUCCCAGUGCCUCUCAGAGUUGUUCUCGCCAUUGCAUGCUCAUGGAUUCAUCCCCAAAUGGCCUCCCUUCUCAGCAUCUUACUGCUGCUCAUCUCUUUCCCCACCAGCGUCCUCUGCAUUGAAACCAAGCUGCUCAAAGCCCUUAGUAGCCAAAACCGGUUUGGCUCAAUGGAUAGAGCGUCGGCCUGCGGACUCAAGGGUCCCAGGUUCGAUUCCGGUCAAGGGCAUGUACCUUGGUUGCAGGCACAUCCCCAGUGGGGGUUGUGCAAGAGGCAGCUGAUCGAUGUUUCUCUCUCAUCGAUGUUUCUAAUUCUCUAUUCCUCUCUC